GUUCUUGAACGCGUUUAGUUCGGGUCAGGCCUUUCGUAGAAUUUUUGAAAAAAAAAUUUUUGAAAGUGCAGUGACCAAAAACAAAUCCACUUUUUGUUACUCUAAGUAAGUGUUGCAGGUGGUCGUUUAUGACGAAACGUUCCGCUUAAUUUGCAUUAUAAAAGUCACAUGUGUUAAAUAUCUGUAAAGGAGGAGAUUGUAUCAGCGGAAAUUGAAACAGUAUUGCAGAGCGAAAAUUUGCUGUAAAAUGAACAUUUUUAAAAGAGUUUUAUGCGUUGGAUUUUUUAUUUUAGUUUUAAUGUCUUUUAUGAAAUCCGAAUCAAAUCAAUCAAAAAUAAAAUACAUGAAAUUUCAUAAUCAAACCAUAUUAAGAGGUGUUAUAAGAAACGUUCAAAGAUACAUCGUUAGAAAACACAACAAAUUUCGAUCUGUCGUAAAACCAGCCGCAUCGAAUAUGUUAAGAAUGAGAUGGCAUGUAGGAGCCGCAAAAUCAGCACAAAACUGGGCUAAUCAAUGUAUGUUUUUAACUCAUGAUGAUUCUAAAGGAAGAAAUGAUAAAAAUUAUGGAGCUUGUGGACAAAAUAUCUUCGUUUCAACUCAUCCAGUUCAAUGGUUAUUCGCAAUGAGAACAUGGUUUGCUGAAAAGAAAUAUUUUACUUACGGGAGCACUAAGAACAAUUUAAAAUUGGUCGGUCAUUACACGCAAAUGGUUUGGGCAACGAGUCAAUUUGUAGGAUGUGGAUUUGCAAAAUGCGACAAAAAUUCUGGAUUCCCAGGAAAAUCUACCUAUUACAACUAUGUGUGUAAUUAUUGUCCAUCCGGGAACAAACAAGGAAAAAUAGGAUUACCUUACAAAUCCGGUAAAUCAUGUGGAAUUUGCCCAAAUUCGUGCAAAGAAAAAUUAUGUACAAACGGAUGUCCAUUUUCGAAUGUUUACUCCAACUGUGAUGAUCUUUACAAAAAUCACACGCAUUUUGUUUGCCAUACUCUAGGAAAUCAAUGCAAAUCAACUUGUAAAUGUAAAGGAAGGAUUUACGAAUAAUUUAGAAAUAACAGCAAUUCUUUUUUUAGUAAAUUUUUCUUUAAACAAACACUGAUUUAAUUUAUUUUUGUUUUUGUUUCUUUAUACAUUUUUUUAUUAUAAGUACAAUGUACUUUUGGUAAUAUUUCUUUUAUAUAUUACUAAUUAGUUAAUUAUAGAUGCAGCACAUUUUUACCAAAUAAACAUGCAUACAUUGCAAUUAAUAAUA